AUGAACUUACCAAUUCUUUUGCUACUCGCAGUGUCGGUUGCGGCGUUGCCCAGGCAGAAACGCGGAGAUAAUGCUUCAACCGCCACGGAUGCCAAUACAUCAGCUACCCCAGCAAUCUUGGAAUCUGAUUCCAUAACAACAAUGGCAACUACACCGGCAACAAUGUUGGCAAAUGACUCCUCAACCACACUAGGAGCUACACCUUCAUCAUUGCCUACAACGUUGAGAACCACACCUUCGAAAACAUCUGCGACUGCUAUAGGAUCAUUAUCUCGUCUGCCACCAUCGCCACUACAGAGACGUAAACGAUGGGUUAAUCCUUACCCACCGAAUGGACUAAUGAGACAGUGGGGAGUGAUAGGGUCAGGUGGAGGACCAGUAGAGCAGGGUGGGGUACCGAUGGGACCAGGUGGAGGUCCUAUGGGACCAGGAGGACCAAUGGGACCAGGUGGAGGUCCGAUGGGACCAUGGGGUAGACCGAUGGGACCAGGCGUAGGACCGAUGGGACCAUGGGGUAGACCGAUGGGACCAUGGGGUAGACCGAUGGGACCAGGCGUAGGACCGAUGGGACCAGGCGUAGGACCGAUGGGACCAGGGGGUGGACCGAUGGGACCAGGAGGACCAAUGGGACCAUGGGGUGGGCCUAUGGGAAUGAGGGCGCCCAUGUGGAAUUAUCCACGACUUUGA